AAAAUAAAAAAAUCUGAGUUUCUCCGUACAGCUCCCAUUCGUCUCAACCCGUCAUGAUCAUCACUCGCCGGAAAACCUUACAACCAUCUGCAUAAGAAAUUUGCAGGAUUUUCAUGUAUCUAUUCUGGUAAUUUAUUGAUUUUUUUUUUAUAUAUAUACAAAUUUGGGGGGAGCGAUGGGAGCUGUAACGUCGUCUAUGGCGUCAAAGUUUGCAUUUUUUCCGCCUAAUCCGCCGUCGUAUGGGGUGGUGAUGGAAGAAUCGACCGGAAAAAUUAAGAUGACAGAGGUGGUUCAAGGGCAAGACGUUGACAUUUUGAAGCUAGAGACGAAGAAGGGGACGGAGAUUAUUGCUAUGUACGUGAGGAAUCCGGCCGCGAAGUUGACCGUGCUUUACUCACAUGGAAACGCUGCUGAUUUAGGGCAGAUGUACGAUUUGUUUACAGAACUCAGUCUUCAUCUCCGGGUCAAUUUGAUGGGGUAUGACUAUUCAGGGUAUGGCCAGUCCACUGGCAAGCCUAGUGAGCAGAACACUUACGCCGACAUAGAAGCUGCAUAUAAGUGUCUUGAAGAGACAUACGGGGUGAAAGAGGAGGAUAUAAUAUUAUAUGGACAGUCUGUUGGUAGUGGACCAACAGUAGAUAUGGGAUCCCGCUUAUCAAGAUUGAGGGGACUGGUUCUGCACAGCCCGAUACUCUCUGGAGUUCGUGUCUUGCAUCCAGUUAAGCGGACAUACUGGUUUGACAUAUUUAAGAACAUUGACAAGAUACCAUUGGUUGAAUGCCCGGUCCUCAUUAUUCAUGGCACCGCAGAUGAUGUUGUGGAUUGUUCCCAUGGUAAGCAGCUGUUUGAUCUAUGUAAGCAAAAAUAUGACCCGUUGUGGGUUGAAGGAGGUAACCAUUGUGAUCUAGAGCUGUACCCCGAGUACAUAAAACAUCUGAAGAAGUUCAUAUCAGCUAUUGAGAAAUCGACAGUUUCUACCAAUGGACAUGCUCAAAGUAUGGACCAAAUAGAUGAACCUUGAUAAGUCAAGAUGGCACAGAUUGUAGAUGCAAGCCAUGCACAUACCAGACAGAGAAAUCUAGAUCAAGUACAGAAAAGAGAGUGAAAAGCAUACCAGCAAAACACAGAUCGAAGAGAUAUAUCACGAGAGCUAGCAUGGACAUGAAUGAAAAGUUUAGCAAGAACAUGGAUCCAGAACCACCAAAGAAAACAAGAAACAACAUUGAUCUGUUAUAUUAUAUUAGCUGGCUAAGAGUGUUUUGCAUCUUUUGUUUCCUUGUACUAAUUAGCAUGAUCACUGCUUUAACAAAUGAAGGAUGCUACUGGUGGCAAUUUCUUGUUGAUAUUAUGAGAUCAGCCGUAUUAUGCAAUUUCAACUGCUUUAAGAGUGUCAAAUUUUCCAGUUACCUCA